AUGCAUCGCUUUGAGGAAGAAUUGACGUGUUCCAUCUGCUACAGCAUCUUCGAGGAUCCGCGCGUCCUGCCCUGUUCCCACACCUUCUGUAGGAAUUGUUUGGAAGGUGUCAUCCAACUUUCCAGCAACUUUUCCAUUUGGAGACCUCUAAGAAUUCCUCUGAAGUGUCCUAACUGCAGGAGCAUCGCUGAAAUCCCCGCUGCUGGUACCGAAUCUUUACCCAUCAACUUCGCCCUGAAAGCCAUUAUUGAAAAAUACCGCCAGGAGGAUCGUUGCGACGCUCCGACCUGCGGCGAACACCACGGGCAACCCCUCAACGUUUAUUGUCUGUUGGAUAGAAAAUUGGUGUGUGGCCAUUGCCUUACGAUAGGGAAACACAACGGUCAUCCCAUAGGUGACCUUCAAAGUGCCUACCUGAAAGAGAAAGAGACUUCUGGAAAACUUCUGGAGCAGCUGACGGAUAAACACUGGACUGAUGUAUGUUUGUUGAUUGAAAAGCUGAAAGAACAGAAGUCCCAGUGUGAAAAUAUCAUUCAGGAUGAUAAAAAAAUAGUAGUACAGUAUUUUAAGAAACUGAGCAAUACUUUGGAACAUAAAAAAGAAGCUCUGCUGAGCGCGCUGGAUGAGGUGAACACCCACGUUUUGGAGGAGUAUGAACCUCUCAUUGAGAAAUUGCAGCGCAUGAGAGAAGAACAGCUGGAGCUGAUGUCACUGAACACUUCUCUUCAGAAAGAAGAGUCCCCGCUGGUUUUUCUUGAGAAGGUGGAUGUUCUGCAUCAACGGAUCAAAGCUCUGAAACAGGAGCACCUGCCGGAUGGGAGAUCUGUGGAGAUUUAUCCGAGGGUUGGGCACCUGUUGAAGGACGUGUGGUCUAAAACCGACAUCGGUCAGAUCAGCAAGCUCCUCGUUCCAAAAAUAAAACUCAUUCCCAAGAAGAAGUUGCGUGGCAAAGGCAGCAGAAAGGAAAGAGGAGAGUCGAGAGAGCUCCAGGCUGUGAAUCCCCUGGCAGUGCUGCUCCUUCUUGUGCUGAUAGUGCUGACGGUGUUCUCCUUCCACAAACCCCUGUCGUCAGUUGUCCUCAAAGCCGCUUCCACCUCCUGCUCAAAAUUGGUGCUGCUGGUUUAUCAGCAUUUCUGCACCCACUGGCAGCACGGGGCGGAUGUGCUGUGCCGUGCCUUUCAUUCCCUCAGGGAGUUUUUAGGGAGAAUUGUUUCUCUUUGA